GCCCUCUCAGAGCGCCUUCUUUCUACACAAGCACACCAUGGACGACUGGGAUAACGACGACUUCGAGGUGAAGCUCAACGAUGCUGCCCCCGCCUUCGAUGACCAGCGCGAGCUGGAGGAGGCCGCUGAGCAGCGUCGCCUCGAGGAGGAGCAGAAGGCCAAGCUCGAGGCCGAGGCCGCUGCCGCCCGCGCCGCCGCCCGUGCCGCCAAGGCCAACAAGCAGACCGCCAGUGCCCCGGCCCCUGCGGCCGAGCGUCGCGCUGCCCAGGUCCAGGAGCAGAUUGACGCCGACUGGAACGCCGCGUCCGACCUGUUCGGUGACAUGAAGACCACCAUCUCUGAUCGGACCAAGGCCGGCAUGGAGGAGCUCGCCUCCAACAUUGAUCGCCAGAUCGCCCCGAUCAAGAAGCUUCGCUUCAUGUAUCCCGAGUUCCUUGAGCGUCUCUUCCGCAAGACCGCCUCCGAGGCCUCUGAGCACGACCUGCGCCAGCUGUCUUCCAUGCUCGCGCGCAUGGCCAACCAGAAGAAGGUUGACGUCCGGGCCAAGACCGCCGCCCCGAAGGCCGCCACCGCGGCCUCCAAGCUGCCGGAUGUCGCCCGCCAGGACGACCGCAUCGGCUCGCAGCUGAUGGACUACUACGGCGGCGAGGAGGACGCCUUCGACAGCCACGACGAUGAGGACGAGGCCGGCGACGACUAUGACUUCAUGUAAGUGUCUGUGCACGCCCGCCCCCUCCCCUCGGCGCGGGGCCGGUCCGCCCCAGGCCGCCCCCUUCCUCUCUCUCUCUCCCUUGUCCCUUGGAGCAGCAAUUGCUCUCUUCUCUCCCUCCCCCACCCCUUUUCCUCCACCCCUUCCCUGCGUUUGGGAUGCGUGUGUAUGCGGAGAAGGUGCCACCCUUUUCUUGAUACAUUAAUAUACGAAAUCCCCCCCUCUC